GGCCGGGCCGCGGGUGUUCGCCGAGACACGAGCCCUCCUGCACCCGCUGCAGGCUGCUAACCGCUAUCUCCGUGCAGCCACAGAGUGACAUCAGCCGGCAGCGCCUCGAAUCGACAGCGGACACCACUGCCCGCUACCGCCCCAUCCGGGCCUCUCCGCCGCGGCCGUUGGAAGCGUUCGAACCCCCCGACAGCCAAUCAGCAUAAAACAUCCCUCGCCCAUUCAACAACCUGCUGUCAACAAGGCCUGGUAGUCUGCCCAGGAAACUUCCCACCGCCAAUGGGAGACCUCCCAGAUAUGAGCGGCAGAUAUAGCACCCAAUCCAAGAGGGAAGGGCGAGAAGCUAUGUCCCAAAAAGGAGGGGAGGGGGCGGGACAACUUAGAGAGAUGGCGAAUGAGGUGAUGGGUUACAGAGGGGCGGUGGGACUGGCAGCCAAUGCGUGGCGCACUUAGUGCGGCGGCUCGCUUUUUGAAUUGUUGGUGGCGGUCGCUCAUGGAGGAGGUUGUUUUUGCGGUUGUCGGCCUUAGCGCUAUUGAAGAAAGAAGCAAGACAUAAUCAUGGCUGACAACAGUAUGCUUGUGUCUGAAACUGGGAGGAGCCUCUUGUCUGACUCUUCUGUUCUUGAUUCAAAAAUUGUAGAAAGCUCAAAAGAGGAUGUAUCUCUUGGAUCUGUUUUGAAUGUUGAAGAAGAAAUGCCUCAAAUAGAAACAAGAGUGGUUUUGGUUCAGGAAGCAGGGAAACGUGAAGAGCUUCUGAAAGCCUUGGAGACCAUUAAGAUAAUGGAAGUACCAGUUAUAAAGAUAAAGAAAACUAGUCCUGGUAAAGCAGAAGAAAAACUAAUAAAAAGUAUUAUUCAUAUGGAAAUUAAAGUGCCCUACAUAAAGACAGACACAAUAGAAGAACUUGGAGAUUCUGACUCGCCAGAAUUUGAGUCUAUCUUUGUUGUAUCAGAAUUUCAAGAUUCUAUCUUCAACAACCUCUGCAAAGCAGAUUGUCGUGUCAUUGGACCUCCAGUAGUACUGCACUGUGCACAAAAAGGAGAGCCUUUACCCUUUUCCUGUCGUCCACUGUACUGUGCAAGUAUGUUGAACUUGGUACUGUGCUUCACAGGAUUCAGAAAGAAAGAUGAAUUAGUUAAGCUGGUGACCUUGGUUCACCAUAUGGGUGGAAUUAUUCGCAGGGACUUAAGCUCAAAAGUUACACAUCUGGUGGCUAACUCAACACAUGGAGACAAAUUCAGAAUUGCUGUGAGUCUUGGCACACCUAUUGUGAAAGCAGAGUGGAUUUAUAAGGCGUGGGAGAGAAGGAAUGAAAUUGAUUUCUGUGCAGCUGAUGAUGACUUUAGAAAUCAGUUCAAGGUUCCUCCCUUCCAGGAUUGCAUGUUAAGUUUCCUUGGAUUCUCUGAUGAUGAGAAAGCUAACAUGGAAGAAAUGACAGAAAUGCAAGGAGGACACUGUUUACCAGUUGGUGAUGAAAGGUGUACGCACUUAGUGGUUGAAGAAAAUACAGUAAAAGAUCUUCCAUUUGAACCCUUAAAAAACCUUUAUGUUGUAAAGCAAGAGUGGUUCUGGGGAAGCAUUCAAAUGGAUGCCAGAGCUGGAGAGUCCAUGUAUUUAUUUGAAAAGUCAGAGAGUCCUGGUCUCAAGAAGUCUGUGUCACUACUUUCUCUGAAUACUCCAAACAGCAAUCGCAAAAGGCGCCGUUUGAAAGAGACUCUUGCGCAGCUGACCAGAGAAACAGAUGUGUCGCCAUUCCCUCCUCGGAAACGCCCAUCAGCUGAACAUUCACUUUCAAUUGGGUCCUUGUUGGAUAUUUCUAACACUCCAGAGUCGAGCACUACCAGUGGAGAAACGCCAAACUCUUCUGCAAGGCCUUCCAAAAAUGCAACUCCUCUUGCACUAAAACAGUCUGCAAGAUGGCAGGUUGCAAAGGAAUUGUAUCAGACAGAAAGUAACUAUGUUGAUAUCCUAACAACAAUUAUUCAGUUAUUUCAAGUUCCAUUGGAAAAGGAAGGACAACUUGGGGGACCAAUCCUUGCACAGGAAGAGAUUAAGACCAUAUUUGGCAGCAUUCCAGAUAUUCUUGAUGUGCAUACUAAAAUCAAGGAAGACCUGGAAGAUCUUAUGAUGAAUUGGACUGAAAGCAAAAGUAUUGGUGAUAUCGUUCUUAAAUAUUCAAAAGACUUGUUGAAAACAUACCCUCCAUUUGUGAAUUUCUUCGAAAUGAGUAAGGAGACUAUUACUAGAUGUGAAAAACAGAAGCCAAGGUUUCAUGCCUUUCUAAAGAUAAAUCAAGCUAAACCUGAGUGUGGCCGUCAAAGUCUAGCUGAACUCCUUAUACGUCCUGUUCAAAGGCUGCCUAGUGUUGCUCUACUGCUAAAUGAUAUUAAGAAGCAUACAGCAGAAGACAACCCAGAUAAAAUAACUCUAGAGAGAGCUAUUGAAUCAUUAAAGGAAGUGAUGACACAUAUUAAUGAAGACAAAAGAAAAACAGAGGCACAGAGGCAGUUCUUUGAUGUUGUCUAUGAAGUUGAUGGAUGUCCAGCCAAUCUCUUGUCCUCUCACCGAAGCUUAGUUCAGCGUUUGGAAACUGUAGCACUUGGUGAUGACCUCUGUGACAGGGGAGAACAGGUCACACUCUUUCUAUUUAAUGAUUGCCUAGAGAUUGCAAGGAAACGGCAUAAAGUUAUUGGUGCUUUCAGGAGUCCCCAUGGCCACACAAGGCCUCCUGCAUCUCUCAAGCAUGUUGUUCUCAUGCCUCUCUCCCAGAUCAAGAAAGUCCUAGACAUCAGGGAGACAGAAGAUUGCCAUAAAGCUUUUGCUUUAGUUGUGCGGCCACCAACAGAACUCAACAACAAGCUACUUAGUUUCCAAAUGACAACUGAAGAACCUCCAAAAGAAGACUGGUUGAAGAUGUUGUGUCGGCAUGUGGCUAAUACUAUUUGUAAAGCAGAUGCAGAAAAUCUUAUUUAUACUGUUGAUCCUGACUCAGUUGAAGUAAAUACUAAAGAUAUGGACAGUACUUUAAGCAGAGCAUCCAGGGCGAUAAAGAAAACAUCAAAAAAGGUUACAAGAGCAUUUUCUUUCUCAAAAACACCAAAGAGAGCUCUUCGAAGGGCUUUAAUGUCACAUAGUGCAACAGAAGGAAGAAGUCCCAGUUCAACUAAUGAGAGUUAUAUAGGCAGCCGACUGACUAGUACAUCGUCACUAGCGAUUGGUUGGUCAACUUCCACGUGCAGCCUACAUGGAUCUGUCAAAAGUGCUGUUAAUGUUCAUCGCUCCAGUUCUGUUGAAUGGAGCUCUCAAAAUUCCAGGCCUCGACCUGUGCUGUGUCCUGGCUCUCCAAAUAUUCAUCUUUCAAAUGCUGUAGAAGUAAAACCCUCUUCCAACUUGGAAAGCUUAAGUGGUUAUGUCUUGGACAGAUUAUGUCCUAUCCCUGUUAUUAUUACUACCACUUGUGAUGCUGGAGAUGAUAACCAAUGUGGUGCUGAAAAAUUCUGUACAUCAGAUCCUGACUGUUAAUGUCCAUCUUGCAUGAAGGUAUUCCUUCUCCUUCUUUGGUCAGUCUUCCCUCGAUCUUCGAAAAAAGGAGCCAUACAUUAAGUCGAUCAACAACCCACUUGAUAUGAAGUAGUUUUCUAAUUCAGUGCUGUAUUGUAGUGACUGACUCGCAGCUUGGCUGUUCAAAUGACCUGUUACUGACAUUAAUGGUACCUUAGUCAUUAGCACUUAGCAAUGAUUAGCAAAAUGUUAGAUAACACUAAUCACAAGGGCUUUUUAGUUGUAUUGAAGCAGAUCAGCUAAUCAGUGGAAUAAGUAACUUGGUCUUCAUUUAAGACACAGUAUUCCCUUGCAGAAAUUUAUUUUCUCGCAAACAUAAUGGAAGCAUUUUCUUCUAUGGAAAUUGUC